AUGCAUCACUAUCAGCUUGUAUCGUCGCGGCAACGACUGCCGUACAAGGGGGUGGGGCCCAUCUCCCACACACACACACACACACACCUGCACACACGCACACACACGCACACACAGAGGCAACUCCUCCCCCCUACGCUUUUUCCGAGCUCAGCGCUCAUGCGACGGAUUGGUGUGGCAACAUGUCAGCGACGGUGGCUUGCCUCAGCAAUGCUGCCCCGCGCCGGGAAGUGCGGAACGCCAUGGUCAGGGCACAGCUUCAUUCUCGAUACCGCGGCGUCUCUCACAACCGCCGUCCGCGAAGUGCGCUCCACGGCGGUCUGCUGCGCCCCGAAGGAUGCGCAGUAUCAGUGCGGUGAGUGCGGCAAAACGUUCCGCCUCGUCAACGCCCUCAAUCACCACAUUAUGACCCGCCACGGCAACAACGCCAAGGCGCUCAUGAAGAAGGACGGCAAGCUAGUCCCUGUGGAAACGGACCAGCUCAAGGGUGGGGCGCAUUGUGUGUCCUCCUCCUCCUCCUCCACAGCGACGGCGAGCUCGGCAACUCCGGCCGGGGCUGCCGCCGCAGCGUCUUCCUCUCCACUGUCCGGCGGCACCACCUCACCGUUUCCGGUGCACUUUGCCGCUCCUUUUGGUGCCGCCGCCGCAUCCAUGGGCGGGGUGGCGUCGUCUUCCACUCCACCAGGCACCGCACCAGGGGUGCUGCAGGCCCCUGCGACCGCCGCGGCCGGCGCAACCACGGCAGGCACUGACGAGAAUGGGAGCGGCGCCGACGGGGCCGCGGAGGAGAGGGAGAAGCGCAUGUUCGUCUGCACGGUGUGCCAGAAGACGUUUCGGCUUGAGGCGGCGCUACAGCACCACUAUCAGGCGAAGCACAACAUGGACAUGCCAACCUCCGCCUCGUCUCCGUCUGCUCGCGGCGGCGCGAGCACGACAGCAGGGGCUGGCGGCGCCUCCGUGUCCACUCCGGGAGAGCCUGGUGCGAAUGGUGGUGGUAGUGCAGGCGCGUUUGGUGGCGUGCCUGGCGUAGCUGCAGACGGUGCCGCAGCUCCUGCGAACGCUUCUAGCUUCGGUGCUGCGCAGUACGUGCGACAGCAGGAGGGAGCGCUGCCUGACGCCCCGCAGUACCACCUCGAUGUGGCCCCGAACGCCCCGGAGGAGGGCGACAUUGCCGCGCACUGGCGUUGCGUGAACAUGUGUGUGCUGAUGGGCGACGUGCAGGAGGUGGAGGAGGGGUACGUCUUUGAGGAUCAUGUGCUGCAGUUCACUGUGGCGACCGAGUUUGCUACCCCGGCCCCUGGCGACCCUGACAUGGACUUCCACACGGUGCGCGUGUACGGGCACGAGUUUUGGGCCCCACUGAAGGCAGACAUGCAGAGUGGCGGUCGCUUUCUCGUCACAGGACGACUGUGUAUGGUGCCGCAGUUUGAUACGCAGCUGAAGAAGUACUAUCACUAUCCAGUGAUUCAGGUCUUUCCCGGCACUGGUAACGUGGUGCGUGUUUGA